AUGAAACUCUGCAAUAAUGAAUCAAAUUCUAUUGAUUUUAAUUAUGCAAUUUUAAGAAAUGAUAUUGUAAAAUUAAGAAAUUAUGGAGCUCAAGGAAUUGGAUUUAAAAAUAAUGAUUUAAGAAAAAAAAUAUGGAAUAUUCUUAUAUGCCCAGAAAAUGAAUCAUUAAAUCAUCAAGUCCAUUGGGAACUAUUACCCGUUCACAAAGACGAAAAUCAAGUUCAACUUGAUGUUGAUCGAUCAUUCAUUUAUUAUCCUAUAAAUUCUACUCAUAAAGAAUUAAAAAAAAAAAAAAAAGAACUAAAAUCAUUAAUAUUAGAAAUACUUCGAAAACAUCCAACCCUUAAUUAUUUCCAAGGAUAUCAUAAUAUUGCUCAAGUAUUUUUACUAUGUGUUGGAAAAAAAGAUGCAGUAAAACUCUUAGAAUAUAUAUCAUUAACACGUAUCCGUGAUUUUUUUUUACCUUCGUUAUCACCCAUAUUGGAUCACCUUGAAUUAAUAAAAUCAAUAAUAUUUAAAAAGGACCAAGAACUUGGAGAACAUGUUGCAAAUGUUCCAUCACAUUUUGCUCUAGCAUCAUAUCUGACAUGGUUUUCAUAUAAAACAAAACAUUUUGAAGAUAUUCUUAAAGUAUUUGACUUUAUUUUAGCUACAGAUACAAUUAUGAUUAUUUAUAUUUAUGCAGCAGUAAGUUUAUAUUCCUUCAUAACUGAUACUAAAAUACGUGAGAUCAUUAUUCAACAAAAAAAUCAAAUUUUAAAUAUUACCAAAGAAGAAACAGAUAUUUUACACAAAGUUCUAGCUAAUUUUACCCAAAAAUGUCCUUCAAAAAGUAUAUUACAAGAAGCUAUAUCAUUGAGAGAAAAUAUUCCUCCUUAUAUAUUAUCAAAUUGGAAAUAUACAUUAAAAUAUAGUUGUAUAAAAGAUUUUGGAAAAAAAUAUCAUUUAGAGUAUGCAACAAAGCUUUAUUACAUGGAAUUAGAUGAGUUAGAAAAAAAAUCACAUUGUUAUAUAAGCAAUAGAGCUAGAAUAAACAGUACGUUAUUUAUAAUAACAAUAGCAAUACUUAGUAUUUCAAUUGCUUGGUAUAAAAAUUUUAUUAAAAACAUUUAA